CCUGUUUGCAGUAUAAUUCCACUCUCAACCAUUAUAUAAAGCAUACGUUUCCUUGAGAUAGUGGAACCAGCAUGUGGUGUGCUCAGUGCCUGUAUGCAAACACCAUUAGCAAUGACUUAUACGCCACUGACGCUUCCUCCGCUGAACUAUUCAUUUGAUGCCCUUGAACCUUUUAUCUCGGGUCAAAUCAACGAGAUCCACUACACAAAGCACCACCAGGCCUAUGUCAACGGCUACAACACAGCCAUCAACCAAUUGAACGAUGCUGAGAAUGCAAAUGACGUCUUUAAGACAGUCCAGUUGCAACAGGCAAUCAAGUUUAACGGUGGUGGGUUCAGAAACCAUAACCUAUUCUGGGGAAGUUUGGCUCCAGUUUCGCAAGGUGGUGGUGAGUAUCCAACUGGCCCAUUGGCUGAGGCCAUUGAGAACGAAUAUGGCAGCUUCGAAGAGUUGAUUAAGCUUGUCAACACCAAGCUUGCCAGCGUCCAAGGUUCCGGCUGGGCGUGGGUUGUCAAGAACAACGAGAACGGAGCCAUCGAAGUCGUCACCACUGCAAACCAGGAUACCGUUGGUCCACAGUACACGCCAUUGUUGGCCAUUGACGCCUGGGAGCACGCUUACUACUUGCAAUACCAAAACGUCAAAGCUGACUAUUUCAACGCCAUUUGGAACGUUGUUAACUGGCACGAGGCUGAGAGUAGACUGAUUGCCGGCUUGGAUUGAGCCCGUCGCUUUGAGCUCUUGCCAACACUCCCAGGCUACACUUGCACUGGCAGUCUUAGUUCUCUUCUUCUACACGUUGCUGCUACGAACACGAACUCAAACAAGAUUAUUUCUCCGCUGUUCGUCCUUCCCUUAUACUUUAUCACACCAUU